UGCUCCAACAUCAAAUUUCGUCUUAUGGAACUAUUUUCCAUUCAUCCAACACCAACAACUACAAAUGCCCAAUAUUCCAGUAAUGCAUCAGGUCAACCUACCCCCACAAGCCCCACAAUACCCUACAAUCGAGAUGUACUUUGGCAGACCGAAUUCCGGUGAUUUCCAAUACCAAGAACCCCAACCAUCUAAACCGGAACCAACAAGGAUACCUAAGCCAACAACUACAACCACCACCACAACAACAACAACAACAAAAAGACCAACAAAACGUCGGAUAUCAGUGAAAAACUCAACACCACCAGUAGCCACAUCCCUAAAGGACCAAUUGUCAAGGGGAAUCUUUGAGAUGGCACGAAACAUCCAGAAAAACAUCCUUUCCAAGGAUAACAUUUCCAAACAGAGCAACGGCGGCGGAGGCAAAUUCAAUGUAAUUUCGCCGAUCAAUGUGGCUGCUGUCUUGUCGCUGCUUGAACUCGGAGCAAAGGGUCAAACCAAUCAGGAAUUGCAAAAUAUUUUGGGCUUUGAUAAGUUGCAAACAACAACAGCAGGAGCAUCAGAUCCUUUGGCCAAGCACUAUGCUCUCGGACAAAUGCUAGAAUCUAUUCUCUAUCCAGAAUCUAGUUCACUGUCGUCGCCAUCGUCAUCAUCAUCAUCAUCGGAACCAACAAUCAAUAUGGCAAAAGGAAUUUUUAUGCAAACAGGAUACAGCAUGAGGCAAGAUUAUCGAACAUCGGUGGAGACCAUUUAUCAAAGUCAAGUCACAGCUUUGAAUUUCCAACAACGUCCGGCAAUGGCAACGAAAUUCAUUAACGAUUGGGUGCAGAAGCAGACAAAUGGAAAAAUCGGGAAUAUCCUUGCGGAUGGCAUUGACACGUCCACCCGAAUGAUGGUUGCCGGAGCACUCUACUUUAAGGCAUUGUGGGUGUCUUCCUUUAUACCCGCAGCCACAUCCAAACGUCCAUUUUACCCUGAAGGCAAGCAGCAGAAACAGCAGGGACUACGAAAGAUAAUGGUCGAUACGAUGGGCAAUGGUGGCGAAUUCAAUUACUACGAAUCCAAGGAUUAUGACUGUGGCAUUGUGGCUCUACCAUUCAAAACUCAAACUACAUCCUCAGCCACAACAAUGUAUAUUAUCAUGCCGAAUAAAUCGAAUGGAGUGAAAUUGAGGAGCCUGCAAGCGAGUCUAACGUCCGAUAUUAUUGAUGAGAUGAUUUCAAAGAUGACAAAACGAAGGACCUUCAUUAGCUUGCCGAAGAUGCAUUUAAGUGACACUAUGGACUUGAAGGAUGUCCUCGGACAGUUGAAUGUUAAAAAUUUGUUCGAAGGUGGCAAGAGUGAUUUGAGUGGAAUCACAGAGCACAAUCAGAUAUCGCUUGAUGGAUUCUUGCAUAAAAUCGAUCUGAGUUUGACGGAGACAGGAACUGAGGCAGCAGCAGCGACAGCUAGCCAUUUGUCAAGGCAGGAAUACGAUGUGGAGUUUCGGGUGGAUGGACCGUUUAUGUUCUUUGUGCGACAUGAACAAACCAAGCUGCCAAUAUUCUAUGGUUCUGUCAUUGAGCCUGUCAAUUUGGUUUGA